UUUAUUUUCUUUCCAAAGCUUUACACUUUUCCUUUUUGUUUUAGAUUGGCUCUAGUUUUUAGUUAUAUAUCAAAUGAGCUAGGUAAAGCAAAUCAAUUCCCUCUUUAUUUUGGCCCUUGCAGCAUUUUUAAUAAAAAAAAUUCUUUUUUAAACAAAAAAUGCGUCGAAACGAUAAAAAUCAACGUAAAGAACAUCACCAUUCGGCCCCACCGGAAGAAGGCACAGAAAUGAGUUAUGUAGAUAAAGGAAUUAGCAAUUUUGGACAAUUACAUUUAAAUUAUGAGAAUAGUCGAUUGACAAAUUUAACUUUGAGCCACAACAAAAUAACACUUCUCCCAUCAAAUAUUUCUGAUUUAACAAGUUUGGAAAGUUUAAAUUUAUGGAAUAAUCACAUUGAGGAAUUACCUGCUACAAUUUCGGCACUUCCAAAUUUAAAGCUUUUGAAUGUUGGAAUGAAUAGAUUAAAUAAAUUGCCUCGCGGAUUUGGUUCUUUUCAAAAAUUGGAAAUUCUUGAUCUUACUUAUAAUAAUUUAAACGAGCAUAGCCUUCCAGGAAAUUUCUUUUUUAUGCCAACAUUGCGAGCACUUUAUUUGGGGGAUAAUGACUUUGAAGGGUUUCCUGAAGAUGUUGGACAUUUGGGUAAUCGCCUUCAAGUAAUUCCCCCAGAAUUGGGGGCUUUAGAUUUAAUUGACCCAAAUGAUGAAAAUGCUAAAACUCUUCGUGUUGAAAAUAAUCCUUGGAUUUUGCCUUUAAAAGAAGUUUUGAUGCGUGGGGCACAAAAUGGUGAUUGGUUUAGUGGAGUUGAAGCUUUUUGGAAUUAUAUCCGUUCUGACAAUUAUCGACGUCUUUAUGAAAGCCAUCCUGUAGGAAUUGGUUCUCCUCCUCCCAAACGUUCCAAAGAAAAGAAAAUUAGUCGUUCUGGAAAGGGAGGAGAUGUACAUUCACGUGGACAGAGUAAAGAACGAUAA